GGUGACGGCAGUGAUUCCGGGGAACAAGAGUGUUUGAACCGGCCUGGGGGAAGCCGGGACUGUGGUUUGGCCCCAGCUUCUAUCUAAUACGUUCACUCGUCCCUAGAACAGUCCAGGAUGGCUACUCUGAUCUUUGUUGAUAAGGAUAAUGAAGAACCAGGCACCCGUGUGGCUGCUAAGGAUGGGCUGAAGCUGGGGUCUGGUGUCAAAGCCUUAGAUGGGAGACCUCAGAUCUCAACACCCCGUGUUGGCAAAACCUUCAAUGCUCCAUCGGCCUUACCUAAAACGGCCAGGAAGGCUUUGGGAACUGUCAAUAGAGCUACAGAAAGCUCCGUGAAGACCAGUGGACUGCACAAACAGAAACAGCAAGGCUUCACGGUGAAAAAGAUGACUGAGAAAACCGUUAAAGCGAAAAGCUCGGCUCCUGCCUCCAAUGACACCUAUCCAGAAAUAGAAAAGUUUUUCCCCUAUAAUCCUCUCGAUUUUGAGAGCUUUGACCUCCCUGAAGAGCACCAGAUUGCACACCUCCCCUUGAAUGGAGUGCCUCUCAUGAUCCUUGAAGAAGAGAAAGGGCUUGAAAGGCUGUUGCACCUGGAUCCACCUUCGCCCUUGAAGAUGCCAUCUUCACCAUGGGAAUGUAAUCCGCUGCAGUCUCCUUCAAGCAUCCUGGCGAGCCUGGGCAUUGAAUUGCCUCCUGUUUGUUAUGAUAUAGAUGUUUAAGUAUCUUCCUUUUUAGUUUGUGAAUAUUGUAUUAAUAAUAAAGCAUUUUUUGGUUUAUCAGA